UUGAAAAUCACCGGAAGUUGAGAUGUUGUAGUAAUUUUGAAAUCUUCCGGUGCUCAUGUCUGUUAAAAUGACUCGGCUACUAUCAUUUAAAAUAGCAUUGAUCAGGUCUUUUUUGUUUUUCGUGUGCGUGGAGUUUGUUUGUUGUAACAACGGCAGGAAGGUUGGCGAUAAUGUGGACACCGAAUUCAGUGGUUUCUCCGUGCCCAUCGAACACUCAUUCGAAGUUGAUGAUGUAGCGAAGUUUCGGUUGCGUGGAUCAGUGGUGCUGAAGGCUGGAAGGGAAUCAAGCAUCUCACUGAGUCAGAAUCAGCUGUCAGAGGAAGACAGAAGCAAACUGAAGGAAGUGGCUGCAGUGAAUGGACUGUAUAGAAUCAGGGUGCCUCGUGUUUUCCUCCAGGCCGACAGGCAGACCGAGCGCCAGAUGGAGGGUUACCUCACAGCGUUCGUCAGAGCUUGUGCCAUGGUUGAGUCCCAUCUAAGUGACGUGAUCACCCUUCACACUGACGUCUCCGGCUACCUCAUUGGCGUCUCCAUAGUGACAUUGCCAGGAACCUGCAGGGGAACUGAAGUAGAGGAUGAAGUUGAUCUUGAGGUUUUUAACACCACACUCAGUGUCAUGGCUCCCGUCAAUGCACCAGGACCUGAGACGGCUUUCUUCCUUGAACGAAUGGAACAGGAAUCUGAGAAGAAAGCGAAAAAUCCACAAGAGCAGAAAUCUUUCUUUGCUAAAUAUUGGUAUUUGAUUCUGGGAGGUGCAAUCUUCCUCAUGGCCACCAAUUCGGCACAGUCCCCAGCAGGGGGAGGCAGAGAGCAGAGCUGAUCCCACUGAAUGGAUGUACAUCGUUCCUCUGGUUCUGUUCUUGAUGAUGUCUGGCGCUCAGGACCAGUCUGGAGGAGGAGCAGGUGGUGGAGCAGGCAAUGGGGGUGGCCGAUGAUGCCCUGAACCAGCAACUUGUUUUUGAGAACAUUUACUAAACAACAAUUCUCUAACUGUUAUUAAUUGCUGUAUAUAAUGCUAUUUAAAAUGAAAAAGUCUGUGGCACACACUGAAAUCUGUCCAAAAUAAAGGAGAUAAUGUGCACUGUAGAUUAUGGCAUUUUAAUACUAAUGUGAAAAUAAAGUAUUUAUUACUUGAAA